AUGCCGAGGUUUACUGUGAAUGGAAAAGUAGUAGAAGGGGUAGACUUACUGAAGAAGAGAAGUUUUCCAUGGCGAUUAGAUGUUUUUCCAUUUGCAUUCAUCUAUUCAGUCUGGGCUGCUGUUGUGGUUCCGAGUUUAGAUUUCUUUGAUGGUUUGAUUGUUCUUGGUGGAUUGGGAAUUUUACAUAUUCUUGUUUUGCUUUUUGAAGCUUGGUCUGUGGAUUUCAGAUGCAUUGUUGAGUUUAACAAGGUGAAGGAUAUUCAUCAAGCAGAUUCUUGUAAAAUUAUUCCUGCUAAGUUCUCUGGUUCAAAAGAAAUUGUGCCACUUCACUUCCGUAAACCACUUGUAGGAUCAUCUUCAGCUGUGGUAGAUGGAGAAGAAAUUUAUUUUGAUUUUAGAAAGCAGAGGUUCAUUUACUCAAAAGAUAUAGAUACAUUUUCCAAACUUCGAUAUCCUUCAAAAGAAGCUAUUGGAUACUAUCUCAAAUGUACAGGCCACGGAACAGAUGCUAAAGUUGCCAUUGCCACUGAUAAGUGGGGUAGGAAUGUAUUUGAAUACCCACAACCCACCUUCCAGAAAUUGAUGAAAGAGCACUGCAUGGAGCCAUUUUUUGUCUUCCAGGUAUUCUGUGUUGGUCUCUGGUGUAUGGAUGACUAUUGGUACUACAGUUUGUUCACUUUGUUCAUGCUAUUUCUGUUCGAGUCAACAAUGGCAAAAGCCCGUCUGAAAACCCUUACCGAGCUUAGAACUGUAAGAGUGGAUAGUCAGACUUUGAUGGUUUAUCGUUGUGGCAAGUGGAUAAAGCUCUCUGGAACCGAUCUUUUACCAGGAGAUGUUGUCUCUGUUGGGCGCUCAUCUGGUCAGAAUGGCGAAGAUAAAUGUGUUCCAGCAGACAUGCUUAUAUUGGCUGGAAAUGCUAUUGUGAAUGAAGCCAUUCUCACUGGCGAGUCUACGCCUCAGUGGAAGGUUUCAGUAACGGGUAGGGGAGUUGAUGAGAAGUUGUCGUCUAAGCGAGAUAAGAGCCAUAUCUUGUUUGGUGGGACAAAGAUUUUGCAGCAUAAUGCAGACAAGUCUUUUCAUCUGAAAACCCCUGAUGGAGGCUGCUUGGCUGUUGUGCUACGAACUGGAUUUGAGACAAAUCAAGGGAAACUGAUGAGAACAAUUCUAUUUUCCACAGAGAGGGUUACUGCAAACAGCUGGGAAAGUGGGUUAUUUAUCCUGUUUUUAGUUGUGUUUGCCCUCAUUGCUGCUGGUUACGUGCUCAAAAAGGGGUUGGAAGAUCCGACAAGGAGCAGAUACAAGCUUUUCUUAAGUUGUACAUUGAUUAUUACUUCAGUGAUCCCCCCUGAGCUUCCAAUGGAGCUUUCUAUAGCUGUUAAUACAUCUUUGAUUGCACUAGCACGUCAUGGUAUAUUCUGCACAGAGCCAUUCCGAAUUCCGUUUGCUGGGAAGGUGGAUAUAUGUUGUUUUGACAAGACUGGAACCCUGACAUCAGAUGAUAUGGAGUUUCAAGGCGUUGUUGGAUUGGACGACAGUGAGGAUCUAGUGUCAGAUAUGACCAAAGUUCCUCUUCGUACAGUGGAGAUUCUUGCUGCCUGUCAUGCUUUGGUGUUUGUGGACAACAAGCUGGUUGGUGACCCUCUUGAAAAAGCAGCGCUUAAAGGAAUAGACUGGACUUACACAUCAGAUGAAAAGGCUGUGUCCAAAAAGGGAGGUGGUAACCGUUCGGUGCAGAUUGUUCAGAGACAUCACUUUGCAUCUCACUUGAAACGAAUGGCAGUUGUGACUCGUAUCCAAGAUGAUUUUUUUGCUUUUGUGAAGGGUGCUCCAGAAACCAUUCAAGAUAGGCUGAUUGAUCUGCCAUCGACAUAUGUUGAAACAUACAAGAAGUACACACGUCAAGGGUCUCGAGUCCUGGCCUUAGCAUACAAGCCUCUUGGGGAUAUGUCAGUUAGUGAAGCUAGAAACUUGGAAAGAGAUUCAGUGGAGAAUGGCCUUACUUUUGCGGGGUUUGUGGUUUUUAACUGCCCUAUUAGAGCAGACUCAGCUUCCGUGUUAUCCGAAUUAAAAGCUUCAUCACAUGACUUGGUAAUGAUUACUGGUGAUCAAGCUUUGACAGCCUGCCAUGUUGCCAGCCAAGUUCAUAUUAUUUCCAAACCAUCACUGAUUUUGAGUCCGGCAAGGAAUUCAUCGGGAUUCGAAUGGAUUUCACCUGAUGAAACAAACUUCUUUCCAUACAGUAAGAAAGAAGUUGAAGCUUUAUCAGAAUCUUAUGAUCUCUGCAUUGGAGGAGAUAGCUUUGAAAUGUUACAACAGACUUCGGCUGCUCUCCUAGUGAUCCCUUAUGUGAAGGUAUUUGCUAGGGUUGCUCCGGAGCAGAAAGAGCUGAUCUUGACUACUUUUAAGACAGUGGGAAGGAUGACUUUAAUGUGUGGAGAUGGUACCAAUGAUGUUGGUGCAUUAAAGCAGGCUCAUGUAGGCGUUGCCCUCCUGAAUGCCAUUCCACCAGCUAAAGUGGGAGAAUCAUCCAAGUCUGAGACGAAGAGUAAGUCAAAGAAACCAAAGGCCGGGUCCGAACCAUCGUCUUCAGUAGUGAAGCCAAGUUCAAAUAUAGACAGUCCAGCAAAGAACAGUACCUCAUUGGAUUCUAGAGAGACCUCUGGAAGAAAUCAGCAUCUGACAGCUGCUGAUAGACAACGGGAGAAGCUAAAGAAGAUGAUGGAGGAGAUGAACGAUGAAGGGGAUGGUCGUGCCCCUCCAAUUGUUAAGCUUGGUGAUGCAUCAAUGGCAUCACCCUUCACUGCAAAGCAUGCAUCAGUGGCCCCCACAACAGACAUAAUCCGACAGGGAAGAAGUACUCUGGUCACCACUCUGCAGAUGUUCAAGAUUCUUGGUCUUAAUUGCCUUGCUACGGCGUAUGUGCUCAGUGUGAUGUACUUGGAUGGUGUCAAGCUCGGUGAUGUUCAAGCAACAAUAAGUGGAAUGUUCACUGCUGCUUUCUUUCUCUUCAUCUCCCAUGCUCGCCCUCUCCCCACCCUUUCAGCUGCCCGACCCCACCCAAACAUUUUCUGUGCAUAUGUCUUCCUCUCCCUUCUUGGCCAGUUUGCAAUGCACAUCAUUUUCUUGAUUUCUUCGGUGAACGAGGCUCAGAAAUACAUGCCGUUGGAAUGCAUUGAACCAGACUCCGAGUUUCACCCGAAUUUGGUAAAUACGGUGUCUUACAUGGUGAACAUGAUGAUUCAGGUAGCAACCUUUGCUGUGAACUACAUGGGCCACCCAUUCAACCAGAGCAUAUCAGAAAAUAAGCCAUUCAAGUAUGCGUUAGCGGCUGCGGUUGGAUUUUUUGUAGUUAUCACUUCGGAUAUGUUCAGGGACUUGAAUGACUCACUGAAAUUGGUCCCAAUGCCUGUGGGGCUGCGGGAUAAACUUCUCAUUUGGGCUUUGUUCAUGUUCUUGAGUUGCUACACUUGGGAGAGAUUCUUGAGAUGGGUUUUCCCGGGACGGAUUCCAUCCUGGAAGAAACGGCAGCAACAAGCUGCAGCUACCCUGGAGAAGAAGCAUGUUUGAUCUCUGAGAGCAGAACCCUGGGGAAGAAGCGUGUCUGAUCUGAAAGCAGGACAGCCCAUGAGAAGAAUCAUGUUGAGAAGAAUCAUGUUUGAUAUUCGAGAGCAGAACGGCAAAUGAGCAACGACUUGCCAGUCGAGAAAAUGAAAAUGGGAACGGUGGCGCUGCGUUGUUUGGGGAAUAUUGUACCAUUAGUUAGGCAUCACCAUUUUUUGAUACGGGAUCAUAUUUUUGGUUAUUUUAGUUCCCUUUCUUUUCUUAUUUCUCCUCUUGCAGACUUGUUCAUUGCAGCAAAUAUUCAGCAUCUGUAAGAUGGUCCCAUUCUUUGGGCAUAACAUUAUCUUUCCCCAAUACAUACACUCGCACCUAACACUAGCUCUCUUGUAAA